AUGGCUAAACGUAAGAACAAACCAUUGAUAGAUUCUGAUUCCAGCAGCGAUUGCUCUGAUUUGGAUUCACAAUUUUUAAACUUAGCAAAAAAGAAAAAGAAGCCUGGAGAAUCUCCUCCACCAGCAAAAUCAAAUAGUAAAUCGUCAGACAGUGAGUCUGACUGGGAUGAUGAUGAUAAAAAAGAUGACAAAUCAUCAUCUUCGUCAGAUUCAGAUUCAAACAGUGAUGCAGAAAGUGAUACAUCAAAGAAAGAUUCUCCAAAACCUAUGAGAAAAAGUUCUUCAGAAGAAGAUCGAAUGAGAGAUAAAAAUGAAGAGAAGAAAAAAGUUGAAAGAAGUGAAGAGAAAAAGAAAGUUGACAAAGAAGUUCGAAUGAGUGUUGACAGUGCCGGGUCAGGAAAGAAAAAAGAUGUCUAUAGUGAGCCCGAAGAAGGCGAGGUGUCAUCACAUUCCUCGGAUAAUGAUUCUAUUGACUCUGAAGAAGAAUUUGAUGAUGGUUAUGAUGAAAAUUUGAUGGGCGAUGAAGAAGAUAGAGCACGAUUGGCAGCCUUAUCGGAAAAAGAGAGAGAACAAGAGAUUUUCAAACGUAUAGAAAGGAGAGAUCUUAUGAAAACCAGAUGGGAAAUAGAACGUAAAUUGCGUCUGGCCCGUCGAUCCGCGGCGGAACGCGGAGCUUCACCAGGUGAGCUCGCUCGUCGUCGAGAUAGAAGGAAGCAACGAAGAGCGCAGAGAGCUCAGAGGGCGAAAGCUCAGGCGCAGAAGGAAGCAGAGGCGAGAGAAAGGGAGAGGACUAGUGAGAAACACGAAUCAGAUAUUGAAGAGCCGAAAGAAGAAGAGAAAUUAAAAGAAAAGCCACCACCCAGUCCGGGGGAGAUUCCUGAUGAUAAUAAAGAUACAGAUCGUAACGCAGAAAGGUCUGGUUCACCUUUGUUUGGGGCUAAAAGUGAACGAAAACGUAAUGUCGACGACAAAAGAGUCAACGCCAUGGCGGCCUUAAGGGCCCAGCGAGACGCGAGGGCUAAACUCACGGAGCACAAGCAGAAGAAGAGAAUGGAAGAAGAGAAGAAGGACAAAGAAGAAGACGAUGACGCAGAUGCAGAAAUAAUCGGUGGUACAAGCAAACAAAGUGUCAAAUUAAAAGCAUCAGACAUUUAUUCAGAUGACUCGGGAAGCGAUUCUGAUGAUAAUAAAUCGCAAGCAGCAGCUCGUCGCAGUUCCACCAGUUCCUCCUCAUCGUCAGGUGAAGAGCCGGCUCCUCGUGAACGGGAGCAGGAAGAGGUGAAGUACGCUGACUCCAAGGAUCAAAUCAACAAAUUACGACUGAGCAGGUUUAAAUUGGAAAGAUUAGUUCAUCUACCUUUCUUCGCUCGAGUAGUUACAGGAUGUUUCGUAAGAAUCGGGAUAGGAAAUAAUAAUGGCAACCCUGUGUAUAGAGUAGCAGAGAUAAUAGACGUAUACGAAACGGCGAAAGUAUACAAUUUAGGGAACACAAGGACAAACAAGGGACUGAAACUCAGACAUGGCACUCAGGACAGGGUGUUUAGAUUAGAAUUUGUUAGUAAUCAAGAAUUCACGGAAUCAGAAUUUCAAAAAUGGUUCAAAGCGAUAAAGGACGCGAACAAAAAGCCUCCCAUAAUGGACUUUGUUAGAAGUAAAAUUAGUGAAGUUAAGGAUGCACUUAUGUACGAAUUUAAGGAAGAAGAUAUAGAAAAAAUUGUAGCAGAAAAAGAUAGAUUCAGAUCUCACCCCACCAAUUAUGCCAUGAAGAAGACACAGCUCAUGAAAGAGAGAGAUGUCGCACAGUUGAGAGGUGAUGAAGAAUUAGUAAUGGAUUUAAAUUCAAAAAUUCAAGAGUUGGAAGACCGAGCCAACCAGUUGGACAAGACCAGGACGUCCUCCAUACAAAGUAUUUCGUACAUUAACAACAGGAACAGGAAACUCAAUGUGGAAACUGCCGAAAAGGCUAUCAUGGAAGAGAUAAAAGCAAAUAAAGGCAAGAAAAUUGACGACCCUUUCACGAGACGACACACGAAGCCCGUUAUGAACUUCAAGUCGCAUCAGGGCGGGAGAAGUCAGGAAGUGGAGAAGCAUCCAGAAGAAGAUGAAGAAGCGCAGAAACUGAGAGAAGAAGAACAGAAGACAAAAGAGCGACUAGAGAAAGAGAGACUUAUGCAACUGCAAACUGAAGAGGAAGCUUCGAAAUCCCAGAGCAAGAGCGGGACAGAUAGUCUGUACUCGUUGCACGAUUUUGACAUUAAUAUUGAUAUCGACCUGCCUAUACCUAAAGCCGUUACAAGUCAGCCGAAACAAAUAACGACAAAAGUGAAAGAGACGGGCCCCAAACGUUCACUUAACCUAGACGAGUAUAAGAAACGGCACGGGCUUAUUUAG